AUGACGGCCUCUCCAGUCCAGCCCCUUCCUCUGCCUAAUGGCGUCUAUGUCCCCACGCUGGCCUUCUUCAAGGCCAACGACGAGAUUGACGUAGAAGCCACCCAGCGCCAUACAAUCUAUCUGGCCGAGGCUGGCGUCGCAGGAUUGGUCGUGCAUGGCUCCAACGGAGAAGCAGUCCAUUUGAGCAAAGAAGAGCGCAGCACUAUCAUUCAAGCAACACGGGCCGCACUUGACCAAUCUGACCAUCACCUGAUCCCAGUCAUUGCAGGCUGCGGAGCACAGUCUACACGUGAAAGCAUCCAGCUAUGCCGGGACGCUGCCAACGCUGGCGCUAACUUUGCUAUCGUACUUCCGCCGGCUUAUUACGGGGGUCUCCUCGACACCAGGAAGAUCGUCCAGCACUUCUACUACAUCGCCGAUGCCAGCCAAAUCCCAGUGAUGAUUUACAACUACCCUGGCGCGUGCUCUGGCCUGGAUCUAUCCUCCGACACUAUCCUAGAGAUAUCGAAGCAUCCCAACGUCCAUGGCGUGAAACUCACCUGUGGAAAUACUGGGAAACUGGCCCGUAUAGUCGCUGGCGCAGACCCUGGGUUUUUCGUCGCUGGUGGCAGUGCGGACUUCAUUCUGCAGGGCCUCGUAGUUGGGGGGCAUGGAACGAUCGCCGGAACUGCCAAUUUGGUACCCAGAGCCUGCGUUCGUAUCUGCGAGCUGUACCAGGCUGGAGAACUGAAGGAAGCCAGGAGGUUGCAGGCCAUCGUUGCCAAGGCAGACUGGGUUGCCAUUCAGACCGGUUUUGUCGGGGUAAAAGCUGCGCUGCAACUGUUCAAAGGGUACGGAGGGGAACCAAGGAGACCGUGCGAGUUGCCGGAUGCCGAAAAGACGAAGAUGAUUCGGCAAGGAUUCAAAGAGGUUAUGGCCACUGAGGUGGAUUUGGGUUGA